GUAGGUGGCGGUAAUGCACCUUACAGUUGGUCUGCCAACCGCCAUAAAACAAUACUAGAAGAAGAAGAAGAAAAGCCGAGCGGCCGGGAUCAGCUGACUGCGGUGUUCGGUCGGUUGAUGGGUCGUGUUUGAGUUGUUUAGAAAACUAAACGAACAAACAUCAUCUUUUCUUACCGGUGAGCUCGGACAUGCCGUCGCUUCUGUUCUGCGGGCCGAAGAUGGCCGCCUGCGGGAUGGUGAUCAGCAUCUGGGGGGUCAUCAUGCUGGUCAUGUUGGGGAUCUUCUUCAGCGCCAAGUCAGCCGUCCUGAUUGAAGACGUCCCGUUCACCGAGGAGGACAUCCGGAGCGACGAGAACCCCCCCGGGAAGAUCUACAGCCUCUACAACCAGGUGGGCAUCAACUGCUUCAUCGCCGCCGCCGUCUACAUGGCGGUGGGCGCCAUCUCGCUCUGCCAGGUGCGGCUCAACAAGCGUCAGGAGUACAUGGUGACAUAAGGAGCGGCGGCGCCUCGGCCUGACCUCUGACCCCAACGACCCGACCCAACACGCUCCUUACCCCGCGGUCCCAUCUGAGCUCUGAUUGGCCGCACGUUCAGAGGGGGUGUGGUCAGGCAGUUAUUUAUUUUGGAUUGAAAUGUGUUUGUUUGUUUGUUUGUUGUUGAGCCCAAACUUUGACCUGGUUUGAUUCCAGACGUCAGGUUCAUGUCUUGAUUUAAAUUAAGUCGUCGGCUGAGCGGAGGAAAGAACACCUGACCUCUCAGACGUCCUCCGUGGUUCUGAUCCGGUCCAGAUGUGUUCCAGUCUGUCUGAUCGUUUUCAAUAAA